CUGCUGUCGCUGACCUCGGUGCUGAACACGACGUCAGAUCAACCUGCGCUCACCACAGGAGACACCAUAAAGCCUCACUCUCUCUUUGAUUUAUUGAAGCCACUCCAAAUGCACACCUUUGUUUCGUGAUCUUUGACUUUUCUUUUCCUUUUCCUAACAUUCCCUCCAUAGUAUAGAUCUCUUUGUUUUUUUUGUUUCAAGCUCAGACUGCGCGACUACGUUGGCCAUCAAUUUCCCUCGGUUUCGUCGCAAUGGCACUUGGCGCGGCUGCUGUACGGCAGGCGGGAGCUGCGCUGCUGGAGGAUCACGGCGCACAGCUCCACUGAUCCACCUUCCUUAACAAAGGCUGUUUUCGCCUUAACUCUUUUCGCUUCAGCACUGAAAAUUAAGCUCGUCUUCGGGAUCGUCGCUUCCCUGGAUUCAAGUUCUCUUUAACUUCUGCUUUCUGCUUUCCCCGGUUUGCCGCUGCAGUCGGCCAUCCUGCGCUGCAACAUGACGUUGAGGCAGUAACAUUAUUUUGAGAAAAACAAGCAAACACAAAGAAGCGGGAUAUGUCCAUUAAGAUGAAAGCCGUGGAGGGGCUCAAGGAAUUUGCGGGGAAGACUAUGGGUCAUAUGUACAGGGUGAUGGAGAAAAGGCAGAAGCCUGGGGAUGUGAUCCAGCUGACGGAGGACGGGCGGCCUCGGGAGGCCGCGGAGAAGAAACCCCCGCUGUGCGACUGCAGAUGCUUCGGCUUGCCUCGCCGCUACAUCAUCGCCAUGAUGAGUGGCCUGGGCUUCUGCAUCUCCUUCGGUAUCCGGUGUAACCUGGGCGUGGCCAUAGUGGGCAUGGUCAACAACAGUACCAUCCACCAGAAUGGCAAGAUCAUCAUCAAAGAGAAAGCCAAGUUCAACUGGGAUCCAGAGACGGUGGGGAUGAUUCACGGCUCUUUCUUCUGGGGAUACAUCGUGACGCAAAUCCCGGGAGGAUACAUUUGUUCAAGGCUGGCGGCAAACAGGGUAUUUGGGCUGGCCAUUUUCCUCACCUCGACUCUCAACAUGUUAAUUCCCUCCGCUGCGAGAUCCCACUUCGGCUGCGUCAUUUUUGUCCGGAUCCUACAGGGACUAGUGGAGGGAGUGACAUACCCAGCCUGUCAUGGCAUCUGGAGUAAGUGGGCCCCGCCACUGGAGAGGAGUCGUCUGGCCACCAUCUCAUUCUGUGGCUCUUAUGCAGGUGCUGUGAUCGCGAUGCCUUUGGCUGGGAUCCUGGUUCAGUAUUCAGGAUGGUCCUCUGUCUUCUACGUCUAUGGGUGCUUUGGCAUGUUCUGGUACAUGUUCUGGAUUCUUGUGUCUUAUGAGAGCCCUGCUGAACAUCCAACCAUUACUGAUGAGGAACGCAGCUAUAUUGAGGAGAGCAUUGGAGAAAAUGUCAAGAUGUUGGGUCCUGCAGAGAAAUUUAAGACCCCCUGGAGAAAGUUCUUCACCUCUAUGCCUGUCUAUGCAAUCAUUGUGGCAAACUUCUGCAGGAGCUGGACGUUCUACCUGCUGCUCAUCAGCCAGCCUGCAUAUUUUGAAGAAGUGUUUGGCUUUGAGAUCAGCAAGGUUGGCAUGCUGUCUGCCCUCCCCCACUUAGUGAUGACCAUCAUUGUGCCCAUUGGUGGCCAGCUGGCCGACUAUCUGCGCAGCCACAACAUCCUGUCAACCACCACUGUCAGGAAAAUCAUGAACUGUGGAGGGUUUGGCAUGGAAGCUACAUUGCUGCUGGUUGUUGGAUAUUCUCACAGUAAAGGGAUGGCCAUCUCUUUCCUUGUGCUGGCAGUGGGAUUCAGUGGAUUUGCUAUAUCAGGCUUUAACGUCAACCACCUGGAUAUUGCUCCUCGAUAUGCCAGCAUCCUAAUGGGCAUCUCCAACGGUGUUGGUACUCUGUCUGGGAUGGUUUGCCCGCUGAUUGUUGGUGCUAUGACAAAAAACAAGACUCGAGAAGAGUGGCAGUAUGUGUUCCUGAUAGCCUCCAUGGUGCAUUACGGGGGAGUGAUCUUCUACGGGAUCUUUGCGUCAGGGGAAAAACAGCCCUGGGCGGACCCAGAACUGACCAGUGACGAGAAGUGUGGCUUCAUUGAUGAAGAUGAGCUGGCAGAAGAGACGGGCGACAUCACUCAGAGUUAUGGUGCUUUCGGAGGUCCUGCUAAAACAUACGGCGCCACCACACAGGUGAACGGAGGCUGGGCUGCUGGAUGGGAGAAGACGGAGGAAUACGUCCAGGAGGAAGCGCAGGGAGGAGGCUACGGAUACAGGCAGGAUGAGGGAUACUCUUAGACCAAACAUACAGCCACUGAUACACAAGUAUUUUCCCAAGCGUGCAUCAGUUUUAGCUAGAACAACAACAACAAAAAAAAACAAGAAAAGCCACAAUCCAUUGCAAUAUUGUCUUCACAAAUUUCUCAAAGAAAAUUCUAAAAAGUUAUAAACUAAAUGUAAAAACUACAAAAAUAUAGGAAAAAUUUGAAUAUAUUUGAUUAAUAGAGGUGUAGCACAUAUCAAAUUGGCAGAUUGUAAAUGUAUUAAUAUGCAUACUGAUAGAUAUAUUUAUUUGGAGUGAUCAUGUACGUAACGUGAACAUUUUCAUCACAUCCGUCAAGGCUUCCUGACCACACUGAAGCCUGUAGGAUGAAACGCUGCAUCUGAAUGGACCAUUUGUAACGGUUGCAGUAAUGACAACAUCCUACAAGUUAAACACUUCAGUGUAUAAAUGUUUCACUGCGCAGCACAACAAACAGAAACUAAAACUCUGUUGACAUAGAUUGUACUGUAUCUCUCCUCAAUGCACUCAGACUAGUGUCCUGUUUUCAAUGCACAAUUUUAAUUGUUCUUUUCUUACAGUGUCACUGGCUUCUGCGUGUCUGUGUGUAAUGUCUGAACAUGUAAUCUGGUGUUGGAAUUAGAGAUGUGGCGCACUGACCUCUGAUGACCUGGUGGUUACACACGUAAAGAAGGAAAUGCCUUUCAGUUUUUUUUCCUUUUUCCGUCCAUUUUUCAUGCACCUGUGCACCUUUGAUUGUUGCAACUGUUACAGCCAUUCAAACUCCGGUUAUAAUGCAACAUGUUCUGAAGGAUUUGUUUUUAACUCAAACACAGAGAAAUUAUAGAGUAAAUAUAGAUUAUAGAGUAAAUAUAAGUUAAUCGAUAGAAAUUAAAUUUGGGCAUUACACCACAACAGCAAUGUCUUUACAUGACCUUAGAAAGGGUUGGUGCAAUGCAAAAUUGCAGAAAUAAACCAAAAUCAGUAUGCACACCAAUUAAGUUAUACUGUACAUCAACUGAAAAUGUUGUGCCUUUUACUUUUACUUGUAAAGUUUUAAAUGAUUAAAUGACAUGGGGUAGGGGUAAAAGAUGGUGAAAGGAUGAUCCCUUUCAAAAAUACAUGCCAUGAAAUAACAGAUAUAUACAGGCAAUUGGCAGUCAUUUGGGUCCAUCAUUGGAGUACAACAGAAAAUAUUUAAAGGACCAGCCUUUAAACAUUAAUGGCUUUGAAACAAUUGAUAUCUUCUCGUUAAUGCUAUCUGGAAAUGAUCAACAGUACAUUGAUGGUUUGAUGAUGCACAGCAAAACUGGAAAUAGCUCUCGAUCUAGGAGUUUGGCUUCCAACCCAGAGGGAGCACAAAUAUGGUUAUAAAACUCUUUGAUUUGAUCAAUUAUAUGGGAUCAGAGGAACUAAUACAUUUGUUUAAUCACAUUUAACUCAUGAAAGUUGAGCAAAAACCUACAUUUGAUAAUUACAAUGCACUCUAGUGGUCAAUUGGUUUACAAUUUUCUUUCCACCUGCCAUUCUGAACGAGCCUUUAUAGUUCAUUGGUCAUACACAUGCAUAAAUAAUGACCUCUGAAAUUCGAUUGGCUGCUCUAAAAAACAUUUUUUUUAAGUAGCCAGUCAACCAUUGAAGCCUUAUAUACCUGUACUAAUUUCAGAUUUUUAGUUGGUUUAUGAGAUACUGACAUGCAAGAGUUGUAGAGCCAGCCUCUAAACAACAUUUCAUAAAAGGUGAUGUGCUUCUUAGCAAUGUCCUACUUGGCAAUCAGGGCCAAGGUUCAAUGAAUUAGGAAAACUACAUCACAAGAGACAGACCAAAUAAGUACAGCUACAAAUUUGAUUGGUAUUGGUUCACAUUUUUCCCAAUAUACCAAUCAAUUGAGUGGCCUUCACUUUUGAUGGUCAAAACUGGCAAGAAUGGUUGCGUUUGAUUUGGGAGCUUGAAAGGAAUCAGGGAGGAAGAAUUUUUGUCGAGCCAUAAUAUAAGUCUCAUUAUUAUAGCGCCACCUAGAGGCCUUGCCAAAGAAAUUAAAACCAUCAGAAAACUAUUUGCCAUAGCAACUGUCAGAAACUAUUUACCAGGUUUGGUGCCUGCAAAGUUUAUAGUUUAGAGAAGAAUUGAGAAGGUAUAGAGCGAUAAAGAGCAAACAUAAUUAAUUAUUAUAAUUGUUAUUAUUAUAACUAGUACUAUUAUUAUUGUUAUUAUAUAGGUAAAUUUAAUACCAAACAGCAUGAUUAGCUACGUAAUUUGUGAAGCAUUUCAUGAUCCAAAGCAUAUUGAUCAGUUUUGAUCAACAGGUUUGAGUAACAAAACAACCCCUAAACUGUCAUAAUCUGACUGAAAUGUAUCUCACUGAAUGCUUUGAUUCUCCUUUCUCCAUCUGAAAGUUCACAAUUUCAAACCAGGGAAAUCUACACUGAAAAAAGUGAAAAGAAAAAUUAGAAAAAAAAAGAUUUCUGAGCUGUUAAAAUGGAAGAAAAAUGAAAUAUUAAGAAAAGUCAAAUGUGAUUAUAGAUAUAACAUUCCCAAGAUAAAACAUUCCCAAAAAAUAUUUUUUAUUUAUAGUUAUAGUGAAGAGGUGGCAAUCACUUAUGUGUGCAAUUAGAAUAAACUGCUGUUUCCGCUAUGGAACAGAAGUGAGACAGGACUUUUUAUGAAUCACUAUGUAAUGAUAGGAUCUGCCUUCAUCUGUGGAUGUCAGGAGUUGACGAGUGUUUUAGUCUCCGGACUAGAAUGAACAAGCAACUCACACUUGUUUUGUCUUCAUUCUGCUUUUACACUGACAAGGUCGGAAGCGGGCCAAUUUUGCUUAUCUCGUCACUUGUCUGUGGUGACCUCAUGUCAGCACUUCGCAAUGUAUGUAGAUGUGUCCGGAUGUGUAUUUAUGCAUGGAACAAAGUGGAGUUUGUAAUAUGUGUCCCCUUUUUUCAACUUUUUUGUUUCUUUUAAACUUUUUUUUUGUCUUUGUCUCAGAUACUGUUACUGAUGCUUCAAUUUCUUUUACACAAUUAACCAAAGGUGAAAGGCCGAGGUGGGUUUUAGCCGAAGGACCAACAUUUUAGGAAGGAGUACAGACCGUCAGCAGUGAGGUUCCCACCAGAGGAACCGGCAGUGUGCAGGUGGCACCAAACAUUACUCAGUGUACAAAGCAAUAAAUCCAUGGUAACAGUUCUCGUAAAACUUCAUCACGUUACUGUUUUUUUAAUGGAUUUGUUUAAAAGUUAGGUUCUUUUUUGUGAUAUAAAAAGUGUAGAAAACAAACACUUGUAAAGAAAAAAAAAUAUGUAUGAAAAUAUAGUAAUAGAGUCCAACACAAACAUCUUUGACAAGUAACGUCAAGGUUUUGUGACAGGGCUGCUCACCAGAUGAGAAUGAUAUAAAGAGCUCUGCCAGGGAGGCAGACGCUCUUCCUCGUGUUUCUGUUUUUGUUUUUGUGUGGUCCGCACUAACUGUGCCGUUGUCCCCUGCCUCUCUCUUCUCGGCUUCCCCUGCCUCUGCAUUUUGUUGGACUUGUGUCUUUGGUUCGGUGGCUGGACCUCCAUCGCUCUACUUAACCACAUGUUUCUCCUGCUUCCCCUGUACAGCAUUUCACUGUCACAAUAUUUAUUGACAUGAUGGAUGAAGUCUUAAUUGAAGAAGAAAUCAUUUUGAAGACGAAAAAAAAAAGAUGACAAAUGUGCAACCUGAAGUAGUGAGAAGUUUCCUGUUUUUGUGCCUCUGAAGUUGCAGUGUGAUUCUAUGGCUUCUGUUGCUGUGUAAAUUGAGAGGUUUGUUGAUGUCAAAAUGAAAUACUCUAUAUCCUUUUUUUUAUAUAAAAGAAAAGUAAACAAA